UUAAGAGUCUAUUUCUGAUUAACAGAUAAUCCAAAAUGACGUCUGAAGAGAAGGUUGUCACAAAAGAGCGAGGAAAUUGGUCAAAUCCAAUCGAAUUUAUUUUAUCAUGCAUGAAUUUUGCAAUUGGCUUAGGAAAUGUUUGGCGCUAUCCUUAUCUAGCUUAUAGAAAUGGAGGAGGUGCCUUUUUAAUUCCAUAUCUCCUAGCUGCUAUUUUCAUUGGAUUACCGGUAUUCUUUGCUGAACUGAUUAUUGGACAGUACAGUGGAUUGGGGCCAACAAAAGCUUUUGCAUAUUUGGCACCAUUCUUUCGAGGACUUGGAUAUAGCUCAAUAGUAGUAAUGUCACUGCUGCUUACCUAUUAUUUUGUCGUCCUGGCUUGGGUCUUUUAUUACUUUUAUCAGUCAUUCUUCCCAAACUUAUUAUGGGGCUCCUGUGAUAAUGACUGGAAUACAGACCGUUGUUACAAUUUAAUUGCUGACAUUGCAUGUCAAGAGAAUAAUCAAGGGGAUGCAUUAGACAAAAUCUUCUUUAUAGACGGAUGUCAAACUAUUGAUGAAAUUUGCACGCCUAGGGACCUUGUACCGAUUAAUGCUACAUUCUGUAUGAAUGGAACUGAAUACACUCACUUAAAUGACAUUAUUCAUCGACGACUUUCGUCUGAGGAAUUUUUCUAUGAGCAUGUCCUUGGAAUUGGAAAUGCAACCUGGUACGACUUUGGAUAUCCAAGCUGGCGAAUUCUUAUCUGCUUAUUUUUAGCAUGGAUGCUCUGUGGUCUUUGUGUUGUUAAAGGAGUCAAGUCAGUUGGAAAAGUCGUUUACUUCACAGCUACUUUUCCAUAUGUUAUCCUUACUGCCCUUCUUGUUCGAGCACUGACACUUCCUGGAUCUUAUGAUGGAAUUGUCUUUUACAUCACACCAGUCUGGGAUAAAUUAUUGAGUCCAUCAGUUUGGGGAGAUGCUAGCAGUCAAAUUUUCUACUCAUUCAGUUUGGCUUUUGGAGCUUUAGUCACACUUUCGUCUUAUAAUAAGUUCACCAACAACUGUCAUUUUGAUGCCACAAUAGUCACAGUCAUAAACUACUUAACUGCUUUAUACAAUGGUUUUGCAGUAUUUGCAAUUCUCGGAUUUUUAGCACACGCUAUGGAUGCAGAUAUCGCUGAUGUUGCUAGCUCAGGUCCUGGAUUAUCUUUCAUUACCUUCCCUGAAGCGAUUCUUCUCAUGCCUGCUUCAAAUGUCUGGGCUGUGCUGUUUUUCUUCAUGAUGAUAAUUCUCGGUUUAGGAUCGACAUUUGCUGGCGUUCAGCUAGUAACAACUACGAUUGUUGAUCAAUGGCCACAUUUAAGAAGGAAGCAGUGGAUGGUGAUUUCUGGAAUUUGUCUGACUGGAUUUGCGAUGGGAAUUCCAAUGACAUGUCCUGGCGGAAUCUUCUUAUUCACACUUUUAGAAUAUCACACAGCCAGUUGGGCUAUCUUUUUGAUUGGUUUCGGCAUCAUUGUGUCACUUUCAUGGGCUUAUGGAGUUAAUAACACACUUGACAUGGUAGCUGAAAUGGGUAUGAAGCUAUGGAAUUUCGUCAAACACUACUGGCGAGCAACAUGGGUUGUCAUCACUCCAAUUUAUAUUCUCGGAAUUUUCAUAUUUGUUCUGACUGGCAUUGAGCCAACAAAAUUCGGUGAUUAUAUUUUCCCAGUAUGGGCUGAUGUUCUUGGAUGGAUGUUUGGAUUGUCAACUUUAGUUCCGUUUAUUGUGUUUGGUAUAAUUGAACUUAUUAAAGCUGAAGAUAAGAUAAGUGUGUUUAGGCCUACGAAAAAUUGGGGACCUCAAGAGGUUAACGGCGAAAGAGUUGAUAGGACGACAGUGGCUUGAAAUAAUUAUUUAAUUAAUAUUUAAGUUGUGAUACUCAUGUUGAGGUAUGAUAUGGUUUUGGUUGUAAUUGGCAUGCUGAAAUUGUAGAAGUUAUAAACAAUUCUUAUCAAAAAGAUAAAAUUGUUGCUAAAAAUAAAGAAUUAUUUUUAAAUCAU